UCUGCAGCCCGCGGGUUCCUGGGCCGUUGCCGCCGCCCGCGCGCGGCCCCGGCGGAAAGAUCCAGUCGGGGGCUGUGUGGCUGACUCUCCCUAGUAUGGCCAAUGAGGAGGAUGACCCAGUCAUACAGGAGAUCGAUGUGUACUUGGCCAAAAGUCUGGCAGAGAAGCUGUACCUGUUUCAGUACCCUGUACGUCCAGCCUCGAUGACCUAUGAUGACAUUCCACAUCUCUCAGCCAAGAUCAAGCCCAAGCAGCAGAAGGUAGAGCUUGAGAUGGCCAUCGACACCCUGAACCCCAACUACUGCCGCAGCAAAGGGGAGCAGAUUGCACUGAAUGUGGAUGGCACCUGCUCUGAUGAAACCAGCACGUACUCCUCGAAACUGAUGGACAAGCAGACCUUCUGCUCCUCCCAGACCACCAGUAACACAUCUCGUUAUGCAGCUGCUCUCUACAGGCAAGGUGAGCUCCACCUGACGCCUUUACAUGGCAUCCUACAACUGCGGCCCAGCUUCUCCUACUUGGAUAAAGCAGAUGCCAAGCACCGUGAGAGAGAGGCAGCCAAUGAGGCCGGGGACUCUUCACAGGAUGAGGCAGAAGAAGAUGUUAAACAGAUCACGGUACGGUUCUCGCGGCCCGAGUCAGAGCAAGCCCGGCAGCGCCGCGUACAGUCCUACGAGUUCCUGCAGAAGAAGCAUGCUGAAGAGCCCUGGGUUCCCCUGCACUACUGCGGCCUCCGGGACAGCCGUUCAGAGCAUGAGCGCCAGUACCUGCUGUGCCAGGGCUCCAGCGGGGUAGAGAAAACGGAGCUUGUCAAGUCACCCAGAGAGUACCUCAUGAUGCUUAUGCCUCCCAGCCAGGAGGAAGAGAAGGACAAGCCUGUGGCUCCCAGCAAUGUUCUGUCCAUGGCUCAGUUGCGAACGCUGCCCCUGGCUGACCAGAUUAAGAUCUUGAUGAAGAAUGUGAAGGUCAUGCCUUUUGCCAAUUUGAUGAGCCUCCUGGGCCCCUCUGUGGAUUCUGUGGCUGUUCUGCGUGGCAUCCAGAAGGUGGCAAUGUUAGUCCAAGGAAACUGGGUGGUGAAAAGUGACAUUCUGUAUCCCAAGGACUCAUCCAGCCCUCACAGUGGUGUGCCCGCCGAGGUGCUCUGCAGGGGCCGGGACUUUGUUAUGUGGAAGUUCACACAGAACCGAUGGGUGGUAAGGAAGGAGGUGGCAGCAGUGACCAGACUCUGCGCUGAGGACGUAAAGGACUUUUUGGAGCACAUGGCCGUGGUGAGAAUCAACAAAGGCUGGGAGUUCAUACUGCCUUAUGACGGGGAGUUCAUCAAGAAGCAUCCAGAUGUGGUCCAGCGGCAGCACAUGCUGUGGUCAGGCAUCCAGGCCAAAUUAGAAAAAGUCUAUAAUCUUGUAAAGGAAACCAUGCCAAAGAAGCUGGAUGGACAAUCAGGACCUGCUGGGCUGGUCUCUGGGGACCAGCGGGUCCAAGCAGCUAAAACCAAGGCCCAGCAGAACCACAACUUCCUAGAGCGGGAACUGCAGCGGCGGAAGGACCAGAUGCGGGCGGCUGCCGUCCUGCCCAGCAUGCAGAUCAAGGAAGAGCCACUGAGUGAGGAGGAUGGAGAUGAGCUGGAGGCCGAGGUAGAGGAGGAAGAGCCCAUGGACACUGCACCCAGUGGUGGCCUUGGCACCAAGCUGGCCAAUGGGCUGCCUGCUGGGCGGGCAGUAGGUGGGGACAGCCUCAAUGGGCACCUGCCUCCAGGCUGUGCCAGCACUCCAGCAGUCCGGGAACUGAAGGCCUUUAUAGAGGCCACCUUUCAGAGACAGUUUGUGCUCACACUGAGUGAGCUCAAGCGCCUCUUCAACCUGCACCUGGCCGGCCUGCCCCCAGACCACACGCUCUUCAGCGGCAUCUCAGACCGCAUGCUGCAGGACACGGUGCUGGCCGCUGGCUGCAAGCAGAUUCUGGUGCCUUUUCCCCCACAGACUGCUGCUUCCCCGGAUGAGCAGAAGGUGUUUGCCCUCUGGGAGUCUGGAGACAUGAAUGACCAGCAUCGACAGGUUUUGCUUGAAAUAUUUUCCAAAAAUUACCGAGUCCGCCGGAACAUGAUCCAGUCUCGGUUGACUCAAGAGUGUGGAGAAGAUCUAAGCAAACAGGAGGUGGAUAAAGUGCUAAAGGACUGUUGUGUAAGCUACGGUGGCAUGUGGUACCUUAAGGGGACAGUACAGUCUUGACAAUAGUAGCAAACCACGAACCCAACGAAUCCAAGCCCAGGGAAGGAGGGCAGAGCUGAAGUAGAGUCUCGACUUGCCUGAGAAGACAGAGCAGGAGGAUCUGCCAUCUCGUGUCUGGUGGCACUUCCUGGCCCAGAGGACAAGAGGGGCUCACACUCAGCCAGUAGCAGGGUCAGCUUAAGUGAGAUCGCUCUCAGCAGAGACCAGCCAGGCCGCCUUUGCAGUACAAUUUGAAAUUCCUGAUGUAUUUUACUUAUUUGGUUUCAUUCUCAUAAUAAAGAGAGUGUAUACUGACAUGGGCAGGAUGAUGAAAAUCAUGGUUUAAUAUUUUCCUUUUUAAACUAAAUGCCAACAAAGUCAAGUUUAUGUUUACAAGAUGAAGAGAACCUUAAGGAUUUUAAUAUUUUAAAAAAAGACGAGAAGCCAGUAUUUAGUCUUAGAUUAUCUACCUGCUAAGACUUCUGCCAAUUUAAUUAAACCAAAUUCAGUUGUUUUUCUGUUGGGUUUUUGAGGCCAUUUUCCCUUUUACCACAGCCUGCUUUAUGUAGCAGUCUCCACUGUUUACAUGAGCCACAGCAAAAAAGUUAGAAUCAAAUCCAUCUUCUUUCGUUUGCAGAAAGAUGCAAACUAAACCAGGUAAGUGUGGAGCAGUGUGUAAGUGAGGUUAUCACACUUUGAUGUAAAAAUUUUCUAUUUUGUGGAUUUUUUAAAUAAAUCUAACACUAACCUGGCAUCAUGGUGCUGCUGUCCUCAAAUAGUUGCAGAAAGAAAAUGUCUUCUAUGCUGUCAAAGCGUAGGUAUACUAGAGAGGGAAGGAAGACCAGACUCUGGAGCCAUGUUAGGGCAGAUAGAUCACAACAGCUCAUGUGCUUACUGCUGCUCACCCAGAGGUCACAGACUGAUCUGGUGCUGAGUGGGGUCCUGACUGGAGCCUGGACUGGCAUGCCCACCAGUCCCUAAAUGCUGUUUUGCUGCUCCCACUGCUCAGGCCACCAAUGAGUAGGAACAACCACUGAGUGGUCGUAGCUGUUCAGCAGACAGCAAAAUGGAAAGAAGGUUGACUGGCAGAAAACAAACACUAGUUUCUUUAAAAAGAAGAGAAUGGGGAACUAAUGGUGGAAACUCCUUGAGAGCAGUGCUAUCCAGUAGGAAUGUGAGUCAUGUAAUUUUUAAAAUAGUUUUUAAAAAGAUUAAAUUUAAAUGUAUUCAGCCCCAAAUAUUUUAAAUGCCAAAAUGUAAUAAAAAUAUUAUUUUGUUCUUUUUUUGUA